AUAAGUCGAUUCAUAAAUAAACUGGGGAAGACAGAAUGCUAACUAGUCCUAUGCACAUUUUUUUCUUCUUAAAAUCUCAUCCAUCGUGUGUUGCUCCUUUGCACGCCGGCUCUUGGGCAAUAUUCCGAAGUACGAUAGGAACAAGUGCCCUAUUACUAUAAACUGAAGAGCUGCUUAGAUUAAAAAAAAAACGCUUUAUUCUAUCUCACAACCCUCAAGCGAAACUGAACAGCAGUAUUGGCGUAUGUGUCGAGAACAGAUCAGUUUGAUGAUGACAAGGUAGUUUGAGGACUUUGUGACCGCGCAAUGCAUUCUGGGAAGCCCCGUACAAUGAAUGACGUUCUGGAACGUCACAAACGUUUCCGUGGAACGUCGCGACUUUGAGAAAGAAUGCUUUGAGUAAACAAACGUAAGACGAAGUCCUUGAAAAUACAUUGGUUUGAAACUUUGCGCGGAGAUUUAAAAGAAAUCGUCAGUAUGGGUUGCAAUUGGUCGAAAUGUAAGAUUCAACCUGCAGAAGCAGAAGCCGCUCCUCGGUCCUUGCCAAACACCAGGCUAGCUAGUCGGGCCAGAAAACAAGCAAGAAAGCUUCAGGCAAGGAUUGCCAAGUGUUUCCAGAGAAGAGAGAAGAACGUCAAGAAAGUUGUCGGGUCGGCCCCAUGCAAUGCUGAGGAAACGUCUCCAGAUAAAGUAGUUGAGGAUCUGGGCACAGUCCCGCACCUUGCUAAGGCUACGGAUCCGGUAGUUGAGGGUUCAUACACAGUGCCACACAUUGCCGAGGAAACGUCUCCAGAUAUGGAAGUUGAGGGUACGGCCACAGUGCCACAUAUUGCUGAGGCAACGUCUCCAGAUAUGGAAGCUGGGUGUACGGCCACAGUGCCACAUAUUGCCGAGGAAACGUCUCCAGAUAUGGAAGUUGAGGGUACAGCCACAGUGCCACAUAUUGCUGAGGCAACGUCUCCAGAUAUGGAAGUUGGGGGUACGGCCACAGUGCCACACAUUGCCGAGGAAACGUCUCCAGAUAUGGAAGUUGGGGGUACGGCCACAGUGCCACAUAUUGCCGAGGAAACGUCUCCAGAUAUGGAAGUUGAGGGUACGGCCACAGUGCCACAUAUUGCUGAGGAAACGUCUCCAGAUAUGGAAGUUGAGGGUACGGCCACAGUGCCACAUAUUGUCGAGGAAACGUCUUCAGAUAUGGAUGUUGAGGGUACGGCCACAGUGCCACAUAUUGCCGAGGAAACGUCUCCAGACAUGGAAGUUGAGGGUACGGCCACAGUGCCACAUAUUGCUGAGGAAACGUCUCCAGAUAUGGAAGUUGAGGGUACGGCCACAGUGCCACAUAUUGUCGAGGAAACGUCUUCAGAUAUGGAAGUUGAGGGUACGGCCACAGUGCCACAUAUUGCUAAGGCAACGUCUCCAGAGAUGGAAGUUGAGGGUACGGCCACAGUGCCACACCUUGCUGAGGCAAAAGAUCCCAACACAGUCUCACACUCAAAUAAAGUACCAGAUCCGAAUUUGGAAAUUGAAGAUCCAGGCCAAACCCAACAUCCUGUUGAGGCAACAGAUAUGAAAAUAGUGUUUGAGGAUCCAGAUCCAAGAAUGGUGGCUGAAGACACGACAACGGAGCAUUCCAGAUGUCUCAGACGAUCCAUAUCCGUCGGCCAGCUUUCCUUCCGUCACAAACGGAAGUCGAUCUUCAAGUCACGGAGUGACAGACUUCUUCUGGAAGAGCGGAUAGCAAGUUUAGGGUACGAGCGGGACCGAGUGCCGGGAGACGGAAACUGCUUCUUUUGGGCGGCCGCCAGGCAGUUGUGUAGAGGACAACCACGGGUCACUACUACUGCGCAGGAGCUGAGACAAGAUCUGGUGAAGUACAUCAAGUCCCAAGCCGACUCCUACAUCCCGUUCCUCGUAGGGGGGGCAAAGGCGUUCUGGAAGCAGUUAGACAAGCUGUCGGCGGAGGGACAAUGGUCCACAGACCUGGCUGAUGCCUUGCCGCAUGCCCUAGCGAACUUCACUUCAAGGAGUGUCAUCCUUAUCACGAGUAAGCCCAAUCAGCCUACUAUUUCUAUCACACCUGACAGCGGCAAUGAGUCCGGUACCCCUGUAGUACUGUCAUAUUCCGCCAGGUGGGGCGUAGAGCAUUACGAUGCCGUCAUCCAAAAGAACGAAGAGAGGUCUGAUCCAGAGCACGGAUCAACAGCAAUAUGAAAACAGGACAGAGACGCCGCCUCCCACGAUGAUUAUAUCGCCACUAAACAUGACCGGAGAGCGAAGAUUUCCCUGUACGACCCGGUCACCGCUGUUUUCAGCACAUCACCGUGGUGGCAACUGAGGGGUCCCUGUUAAAGAAAUCGUCCGUGCAGUCCUCUCGACAGGCCACAUGGGUCUACAGACAAGAACAGAUAGGUGGCGCAAAUAGACAGUUCAUCGCUACCGGCUUGGGGAUUGUUGAUGGCUGCUAUGGCUACGGUCGCUUGCCAUUUGGUCCUGUGGGGAUGUCAUUCAGGAAUGGCUGUGAAGUCCCUGUUGCUACUCUGUGACUCGGAAAACAUUUUCUCUGUGUCACACAGAACGUAUACUCCACAGUGUAAAGUGGCACCACCUGGGUCCCCAAGACUCGACAGUGUAAAGUGGCACCACCUGGGUCCCCAAGACUCGACAGUGUAAAGUGGCACCACCUGGGUCCCCAAGACUCGACAGUGUAAAGUGGCACCACCUGGGUCCCCAAGACUCGACAGU